ACGAACAUCUUGUGCAUUCUCUCAAAGAAAAAUACUGGCUGUAUUGUGAAAAUGCACAUAAUGCAGGACGAUUCUGAGCCAACGCAGCUGAACUCUCAACCCUUCCAACAGAAUGGAACUACCGAAAAUCUAGGCCUACGACGGUCAGCUCGAAACAUAGGCCUACAGACCCCCAACUAUUGUGACCCUGUUAGGCCUACCAAAAGAAUUAGAGACGAGUUUGAAAAGGAGGAUUCGAUUGAAUCUGAAUCUAGUGGCCCUGAAGAGAAUGAUACUCUUUCAGAGUUUGAGCUGAAACGGCUUGAAAACAUUAGACAGAACCAGACCUUCCUCUCAUUCCUGCAUCUACCACAGUUAGCCCAGAUGCUGAAUCCUCAGUUAGGCAAAAGGACGUACAGGAAAAGGGCAGAAGCGAUCCUUCCUGUAAGGAAAUCAUUGCGUCUACAGAAGAAAAAUCCAGAAUCUGUGGUCAUGCUGGAUCUCUCCACUGUGCCAAAGAAAAAUGUGAUGGUGCAUAAUGUGAAGGGACCUGUACCAAUGUAUCCAGUGAACUUGCAGGACAGCCAACUCCCUGAGGGUCUUCUCCAUCUGUGGACUGAGGAACCUAUACAGCACGAGUGGAAGAAAGUGGACCUGCAUGUGUACAAGGAGGGCCUGCAGAACAUGCAUAGACCUGAGGAGCAAGUGGUGAAAGUGCUGAAGAGAUGGAUCUCCUCAGCAGCCUUCCAUCCGUGUGGCAGCAGUCUCCUCAUGGCCGCCGGGGACGAGUGCGGCCAAGUAGGCCUCUGCAGCCCGGGGGCUACCUGGGGUGACAAUGGAGUUCUACAGUUUGAACCUCACACAAGUUCGGUCUCCCACAUGGCUUUCUCCAUGUUACAUCCUUCAACCUUGAUCACCGCCAGUUACGAUGGCACAGCACGGGCAGUACACAUGGAACGAGCAGUGUUUGAUGAGGUGUACCACUCUGAUGAGCAGCUGAAAGGCUUUGAUUUCCUGUCACAUGACUGCUCCACUCUGCUCAUAGGAGAUGUACAAGGAGAGGUUGCCAUCGUUGACACACGGACUCCAGGGAUGUCUCAUGAAUCUCUCCAUGCUCUUGGUCAAGGGAUUCUGUACAGCGUCCAUGUCCACCCUGUGCAGAAGCAGUACUUUGUGGUAGCUGUGAACAGUGGAGUUCGCAUAUAUGACAUACGGAGCCUGAAGGAGUCCACCCAGCCUGUGUCAGUGCUGGAUGGACACAUCCGCUGCGUGUCCUCUGCCUAUUUCUCCCCAGACACUGGAAACAGAGUGCUCACCGCCAGCAUGGACAGACUCAGGGUGUUUGAUACAUCACAGCUGGCCUCCUCAACUCCUCUGAUGACCUCCUUUGAUGUUGGUGAAAGGCAAUCGAUGGCGCCCCGCCGGUCACAGCAGCAGGCGUUGUGGGACCCAAAGCAGGAGGACUGCUUCAUGGUGAGCACUAUGAAGGAGCCGAACAAGAUAAAGGUGUUUCAUGAGAGCGGCCAUCUGGCCCACAUGUUCGACAGCCCCGAUCAGCUGACAGCGGUGUUCUCGGUCAUAGCCUUUCACCCCAGCAGGCGAGCACUGCUGCAAGGGGAUUCCCAAGGCUGGCUGCAUGUUCUUAUCUAGACGCCCCACCCCAAAUAACUUGUUAGAUUUCUACAUCACCCUUAUUCUCUGUUGUUGGGUUGACUUAGUUAAGUUUCAGACCAUUCCCAUUAUGGUCAAUUUCAUAAAAUCAGUUCAUCUGCAAAUUAAAUAUUUCUUGUAAGUGUUUGUGUGUUAUUGCUGAAAAAAUAAACCUAUGAACAUUUUUGUUGAA